AUGUCCUCUUCGGAUCCUAAAAACCCAGAAGAAGCAAAACCCUCUUUUGACGAUCAAGCAUCAAAAGAAGCGACAGAGUCAUUAACUUCAACAAAAACCCUUGAAGAAACAGACCACACAAACACACCCGUGGGUGAAAAUCAAGAAGAAGAGGAGGAUGGAGACGAAGGAGAGUGUGGGUUUUGUUUGUUUAUGAAAGGAGGGGGUUGCAAAGAUGCAUUUAUAGCAUGGGAAGAUUGCAUUAAACAAGCGGAGGAAAAGAAAGAAGAUAUUGUGGAGAACUGCUUUGAAGUUACUAGUGCUUUGAAGUUGUGUAUGGAGGCUCAUGCUGAUUAUUAUGAGCCUAUUUUGAGGGCUGAGAAGGCUGCAGAACAAGAGGCUAUUAAGCAAUUGGAGAAGGAAAAGGAAGAGGAAGCUGCUGCCGCAGCUGAAAAAUCUCAAUCUAAUGAGAAAGAAAAGUGA